AUGGCCAAGAAGGUUAACGAAAAGAUGGAUGAAAUGUUGCGGUUAGAUAUCAUUGAACCGGUCGACGGAGUUCCUGAAUGGAUUUCGCCGAUGAUUUGUGUACCAAAGGGAAAAGAUGAUGUGCGAUUGUGCAUCAACAUGAAGUUUCCAAACAAAGCCAUCCAACACGAGCAUUUUCCUUUACCGGUGAUUGAAACGUUGCUCAAUAAGUUGGAGGGAUCCAAAUAUUUUUCUCGCUUGGAUAUUACUUCGGCCUACCAUCAUGUGGAGCUUCAUCCAGAUUCCCGCAGCGUAACCACUUCCAUGACGAGUCAAGGAUUGAUGCGCUUCAAAAGACUUAUGUUUGGCAUCAACUGCGCGCCUGAAAUUUUUCAGCGAAUUAUGACUCAAAUGCUCGCAGGGAUUGAGGGAAUCAUUAUUUACAUCGAUGAUGUGAUCAUAUCCGGGCGAACGCUUGGAGAACAUGAUGCUCGGUUGGAAGAAGUGUUAUCGGUUUUGAAACGAAAUAAUGCUCUGUUGAAUAAAAACAAGUGUGUCUACCGCGUGAAGGAUAUCGAGGUUUUCGGUUUUAAAGUGAGUGAAGCUGGAAUCAGUCCGUCGGCGGAGAAAACAUCGGCAAUCAAGAAUUUCCGUGUUCCGCAAUCCACAGAGGAAGUCAGGAGUUUCCUUGGACUCGUCAAUUUCGUUGGACACUUCAUUCCUCAUUUGUCGACUAGGACAGAACCAUUGCGCCAGUUUGUUCGAGGAGCCGUUAACUCGUUCGGACAAGAUCAGUUGACAGCCUUCAACGACUUGAGAAACGAGCUGUCUAAAAAUGUAAGAACGCUAGGAUUUUACGAUCCAGAUGACAUCACGGAGCUGUAUGCUGAUGCCUCCCCUGUAGGACUGGGUGCAGUCCUUGUACAAAGGGAUUCCGGAAGUACACCUAGAGUGAUCAGCUUUGCGUCGAAAGGUUUGUCUGAUGCCGAGCGUAUCUAUCCCCAAACGCAACGUGAAGCUUUGGCUGUUGUGUGGGCGGUAGAAAAGUUUUACCUCUACCUAUUUGGGCUGAAGUUUACCAUAUUCUCUGACCACAAGGCUCUCGAGUACAUUUUUGGUGGAAAGUAUAGAGACGGCCGACGAGCAUGCUCGAGAGCAGAAGCCUGGGCAUUGCGCUUGCAGCCCUAUAACUUUGUGGUGAAAUACGUUCCGGGGUCAUCUAAUAUAUCCGACAUCCUGUCUCGACUUUGUCCUCAGAGUGAACCAUCGUUUGACGAUGAAUCUGAGCAUUUUUUAUUUGCAAUUGGACAGGAUCCGAUAGCAAUCACUUUGGAAGAAAUCAGGACCGAAACCUGUCAUGAUGAAAUUCUGUCGGCAGUCAUCACAGCUCUCGAAACCCAUGAUUGGCCCAAGGAACUUUUCCGUUAUCAGGCAUUUGCUGAUGAAUUGGGGAUCAUCGAUAAAGUUGUUGUUCGGAAUGACAGAAUUGUACUUCCUCAAAAACUGCGGUCUAGAGCAUUAGACAUAGCACAUCGUGGUCAUCCGGGUAUUGUCGCCAUGCGUCGAAAUCUUCGAGAAAGAGUAUGGUGGCCUUGUAUGGACCGUGAUGUAACCGAAAAGGUUCAAGAGUGUCUGGGUUGCACAGCUGUUAGUAAUCAGUUUCCGCCAGAGCCGAUGCAUAGGAAGAGAAUGCCGGAGAGAGCGUGGCAGAUCUUGCCAUUGACUUCUUCUCGGCGAAGGAUUGCGCGACGUUCCUUGUGUUGGUGGACAAACAGUUUUUUGAAGCAUUUUAUACCCCAUAAACAGUUGCGGUAA